GAAGAAGAGCCUCAAGCCAAUUUCCACACGGAGCAAUCAUCUACUACAAAACGCAGUGAUGGUCGUAGCAUGACCAUCGGCAGAGACGAAGAUCCUCUGCAAGGCAUGGUUCAUGACCGGAACCAGUAUCGACUACCGCAAAACCCCACACCAGACAGAAAGUCAUCUGGCCUAAGCCAAAUUGAAAGUGGACUUUCGGCGUUGUUGGAUGAGCGGUUAUCGAAAGAGCUCCAGAAACUCAAAGCAACGUUUCAGACCGAGAUGAUCGCUCUUCGGACUAGCGUAAGGGAUUUCGCUCAGAACAGAGGAGGUAGUGGGCUCGAAGAGCAGAUGAAGGAGAUGGAAACGCAGAUUGAGGACGAGAGAGCCACCAGGCUGAGACUGGAAGACGAGAAUAUGAGAUUAAAGAACAGAAUGUCUCGACUUGAAGCCAGGCAAGUGGCUGGGAUGAACGAUUUGCAAGAUCAGAUCCGGCAGCUAUAAGGAGA